GUAAACAUGAUAGUUGUAUUAUUGACAUAUUCAAACGUAUGCGUGAACGUAACAUGUUUGAAAUGGCACGAACAGGUGUCGAUUGGUGGUUUUAUUAUUAUUUCGAUAAUAAAUCCAAAGAUAUUAUUGAUUUUAGGGGAAUAAGUUUAUUAUAUUAUGCAUGUCGAUUUGGACAGUAUUCUGUUGCAAAAUGGUUAUUAGAACAUGGAGCUAAUGUUAAUAUUCAAAUGAAAAAUAAACCAAACAAUACUCCAUUACAUGGUGCAAAAUUUCAUGGUCAUAUUUUAAUUGUCGAACUUCUACUUGAAUAUGGUGCAGACGUCAAUAUUAAAAAUGAUUUCGAAGCUACUGUUUUUGAUGAAGCAAUAUCUGAAGAAGUAGCCGAAGAUUCAUCGAAUAAAAUUAAAGAACUUUUACUUCAAUACCAACUUAAUUUAAAACGUCGUGAACUGAUAGAUGUAUAUAUAUAUUUAGACGAAGGUGAUGGAGAGGAACCGAUAUUAAAACUACAAAUAGAUCACAAGACUGUAUAUGAAGAUCUAUUGCAAGCAUUACCUGAAAAUUUAUGGAACGAGAAAUACUAUUUCUCUAUCGCUGGACGUCCGCUAAUUUUCGAAACAAAAAAAACACGUGUAAUGUCAGCCGUGUAUUGUGCUCGCUAUACAACUUCCAAACUUGUUGAUACGCCACUGCGUCUCAUUCUUCACAAGACAUUACUAGAUAAAACACGCCAUCAAUUUACUCGUCAUGAUCAUCAAUUUGAACCUCGUCAAUUUCAGUCAAUAUUCAGAAAACAAAAUAAAUCCAGUCCCUUUUUAUUAAAAGGUUCAUUUACAGACACACAAACAUUCAAAAGCGAUAAUUUAACGUUUACUUUCUCAGCUAAUUGUAUCAAAGAUGAUGUUACAUUUAAAGUCGCAACACUUUGCUCAUCUGAUGUUCGAAAAUAUGGCUUACCCAAUGCUAUUUGUUUUUUCAAAACAACUCUUCUCAAUGCUAAAACAUCUGAUACGCUUCUCGCACUACCUAUCGUCUCACUUGCUCAUCACUCAAAUGCUCGUUUAUACACAUUGGCUAUGCCUUCAUCUUAUUGGUUUAGUUCUGC